AUCGUCGCUUGUCCCUGGUUCACGAGCGGCCCUGUCAUUUCUGCAUUGCGGUGAUUUCACUAGUCCGGCCUGCUUUAUCUCGCUGGAGAGCUCACUCCCUUGCAAUUGUUGUCGAUGCUACUGUGAUGUACAUACAUGGAAGCCGCUUAUACAUCCUCUUUUGUCUUUGCCCAGCUUUCUUAUUUUCCCUCCCCCUUCCCACCCACGCGCACCCUUUUUCUACUCCCGUUUCUAACGGUCUGAUCUGCGUUGGUCUCUUUGUACUAUCAUCUCGUCCACGCUUUUCUCACGAGAACAACCACGGUAUCGAUUUGGUUCGAAUCCGGACGCCUCAAGACUAGGAGCUGCCGCUGCUAAACGCAAGCGUACUUACCCGUCCGUCGAAGCCAAGCCACCGACCGAAUACAUACAUAACGAUCGAUUCCAGCAUCGUCCACUGACUGGGCCUCGACAUAAUCGAGAAGCGAUUCGACCUAACCACACAUGCUGUUAUAGCUGUCAUCGCUGGCCCGAACAAAGACAAGAGUGCCCGGACAGUUGAUUGCGCAUUGCCGAUCAGGAUCUCUCCAGGUCUGGCAUUCCAGGUCUCCAUCCAUACCUACGCACCUCUCAUCAUUGCGGCCCCUACUGUCGCUGUCGGUCCGCGUGCAGGCGAAUCCCCGCUGUACUAUUAACCAGCGCUCCGCCUGAAACGUCUAAAAAGCGAUAGAAAGUCUCACUUGCUGGGCAACUUGGAUCUUUCCCGAUCCUCUGGAAAGUAAUUCCGCCUCUGCAACACGGAUUCAACACAUAUACCAUCAAGAUGUGUUUCGGGGGUCGUGGAAAGGACGAUGAGGCUGAGGCCUCCCGGUCGCGCGAGCUAGACAAGCAGAUCCGCGCGGAUGAGAAGCGCCUGUCGAAGGAGGUCAAGCUGUUGCUGCUAGGAGCUGGUGAAUCCGGCAAGUCUACGAUUUUGAAGCAGAUGAAGUUGAUCUAUGCACAAGGUUUCAGCAAAAAUGAGAAGCUGGAAUGGAGGCCUGUUAUUUUCGCCAACAUUCUGCAGUCGUUCCGAUUGAUCUUUGAUGCGAUGAAUGAGUUCAACAUCAAGCUGGAGGAUGAAGAUAAUGAGAAGAACAUGGUACAAAUGAUGGUCGAUUACGAGAUGAGGGGAGACGAGCCUCUACCACUAGAAUAUUUCGAGCCAGCGAAGAAGCUAUGGCAGGAUUCAGGCGUCAGGCAAGCUAUCGAGAAGGGCAAUGAGUUUGCGUUACAUGACAACCUUCAGUACUUCUGCUCGGACCUGGACAGACUAUGGGACAGGAACUAUGUUCCUAGCGACCAGGAUUUGCUGCGCUCGAGGCUACGAACGACUGGUAUCACCGAGACUGUUUUCGACCUAGGCCAACUCACAUACCGUAUGUUUGACGUCGGUGGCCAGCGGUCGGAGCGGAAGAAGUGGAUUCACUGCUUUGAGAACGUCAACUGCUUGCUGUUUUUAGUAGCUAUCUCAGGUUACGAUCAGUGCCUGGUUGAAGACAAGGAUGGGAACCAAAUGAACGAGGCCCUCAUGCUCUGGGAAUCGAUCGCCAAUUCUCACUGGUUCACAAAAUCGGCCUUGAUUCUGUUCCUCAACAAGAUCGACCUUUUCAAGGAGAAGCUGCCCCGAAGCCCGAUAACGAACCACGGUUUCACUGAUUAUCAUGGCCCCCCGGACGAUUCUAAGCAGGCCAGCAAGUACUUUAUGGACAAGUUCCGCGCGCUGAACCGGAAUCCGGACAAGGAGAUAUAUGGGCAUUUCACAAACGCGACCGAUACCAAUCUUCUGAAGAUCACCAUGGGUUCCGUGCAGGACAUGAUCAUCCAGCGAAACCUGAAACAACUUAUCCUGUAGGGGGAUAUUCAUAUAAUGAUGGGCUUGCACAUCCGAUUCAUUUGCUUCCGCAGCAUAUCGCGCCCGGUGAAGUGAACCAGCAAAUUGCUGGUUGUGGAUGUAUCAAACUUCCCUUCCUCUUCACGAGUCAUUUCAUCUGUACGGUCGACCUCAUUGUGAAUAUGGUCUAAACCUACAGCGCUUCUUUGUGGCCAGAUACUCCGGAGGCGAGGACCACGCGUUGCAUUUCCCUUGCAUUUUUACCGACCCAGAACCCUCCGAGCACUUCCGCUUUUAGACCACAUACCGGCGUUCCGUUUACCUGUAUUUUACCCGCUUCUCGUUCACUACAUUAGCACUUUAUAUCCCGGAGGUUGCGGAUCUCUCACUAUUCUACGACCCCCUCCAUCAAACCCUGGCCCUUUGUCAUUUUGGAUCCAUCUUGAUUUUUCCUUGUUCGACAUCGCACACGCGACUCUUGCGGCUUGGGUGGUCAGCAUUUCUUGGCCGUUUCUUUAUCCUUUUCUUCGUUCGCCCUAUUUGCCCUAUAGCAGAUCGUGGCUCCCGUGGGGGGUACGGCGGCAUUUGUUUUUGCAAAGAUCAUUUUGUUUAUUUUGUCACGGACCUUGUAGCGGCUGAUGGCAGAUGUCCUUUCUCCUUGGCUCCGCUUACGACCCAGGGAAACACGUUUUCAGAUUGGACAGAGGAGGUUCGUCGUUACAUUCCUAGUUGUCUUUGUUCGCCAGCUUGAUUCGGAUUGGAUAUACCCGAAGAGCUUUUCGUGUGGGUUUGUGGAGGGAUGAACGGAAGGGGGAUUGGAUGACUGGGACUUGGAGAUGACAUAACGAAUCAAUCACCUCUCCCUCACGUUGGUCGCGUAUCCCAGCGUUCUCUACAGAGAGACGUUCAUUGAGCACGAAAGAGCUAUUCCCCAUGAUGAUGUGGAGGUCAGACAGAAACGAAUUGAAAAGCGAAUUACAUUUGAGUUGCAGUCCCACUGAACAAGUCAUAACACUGUUUCCGCCCCGAGCCCCGUUGGACGUCGAAGAAGACAGAGGCUCAAGGUACCUUUAAAAACCAUCAACGCUAACAAGUGGGAAGCUGCACUAUUCUUUGGCUCGGCAGCAUGGCCGAGGUUUGAAGGUGCAAUGUAAUGUCGCAUUGGCAAUUUUGUUGCGAAGGUCAUUUUUACUGUGUCUAGAGAAUUAUGAUGGUCCCGG